CGGCGUUUCGCCAACAACUUCUCCCCUCUUUGUGUUCUGCUGCAUUGCCUCCAGCGCUUCCCGCACUCCUUUAGCAUUCCCGUUAACUUGCCUUCAAGCUCGUUCACUCGCAAGUGUUAUCUACUGUCUCGUCUUUUCUCGUUCAUCACAUCAUUCUAUCUUGUGUUUCUUUUUUGUUCAUAUUUCAAGAGAUCGUUACAACGAAUCCUGCCUCCUUCAAAGUCGUUCACGCGCAAGUUCGUAGGGUUUCGACAUUUCAGGGGUUAAAGGAGGGGGUGGUCUGCAAUUUGGGUUCAAGAUUACAGAGGUCCGACUCUUGCCACCGAAUGAACUUCAAGGACGGAGCUAGAAGCUGAAGGAAGUCAGGGCCCGUCUUACCAACCGGAGUUCGUUAAAAGCAGUGUGAAUGUCUGCGUUGGAUACUCAGACGAAGUUAGGAAUGAGUUUAGAUGAUCUUACGGCUCGGGGCGGGGGAGGCCGCCGGAUUCAGAGUGGGAUAGUAGGGAAGCGUACCUUCCGCCGAAGCAGUCCUUACAAGGUCUUUAACCCGCGAGAGGGCAACGGGUAUGGCCCGCGAUCGGGGCCUUCCAGGGGUGCAGCUUCAGAAUUGUGUAACAACUGCAGGCGCACAGGGCACUUUGCUCGCGAUUGCCCCAAUGCAGCAGUGUGUAACAAUUGUGGAGGUUCAGGGCAUAUUGCUGCAGCAUGUCCAGUGGAGCCAUUAUGCCGGAACUGCAAGAAGCCAGGACACAUCGCAAGCGAGUGCCGGAGUGAGCCAAUCUGCAACAACUGUGGAAAGCCUGGACAUCUAGCCAAGGGUUGUGUUGUGCAGGAAGGAGGGAUUCCCAAAGCAUGGCUGUGCAACAAUUGUUAUCGACCAGGACAUCUUGCUGUGGACUGCCCCAACGAGAAAGCGUGCAAUAAUUGUCGUCAGCCUGGACAUUUGGCACGAGAUUGUAUCAAUAGUCCUGUGUGCAAUGUCUGUAGCCAACCAGGUCAUAUUGCACGGGAUUGUCCUCUGAGCGGCACCACCCCUCCUCCUCUCAGAGGGCCUGCAUCUACUUUUAAUCCGAGUGAUAUGGUUUGUCAUAAUUGUCACCAACGUGGCCACAAAAGCAAAGAAUGCUUGCAGGUCGUAAUCUGCAAUAAUUGUGGAGGUCGAGGACAUUUGGCCGUGGAGUGUCCAUCUACACCAAUGAUGACGAGAGGACCACGUCGACGGUGAUAAAGCGCACAGGGUGAAAUAUCGAGCUUGUCCGAUCACGUUUUUCACUAAUAGGAUGGAGAGUGAACGGAGGUGGUUGUAUGGAACUGCCAGUCACGAUGUGUAGCCAGUAUAAAUGAAAUCAAAGCUGACUUUUGGCGUGAGUUAUUUGAUUUUUUUAUCUGUUUUGUAGUGUCAACCCUGACUGUUAGUUGGAAUGGAAUUACUUGCACACGAGGUGCCUUGUUUUUUUGGUUGGCGUCAGUGGCAGCAAGUUGCUAGAACUUAAGUGUUAUUUUGUUGCCACAUUAGUUUUACUAUACUUUUGAGACCUAUAACGUACAAAUUAACUUGUAUAUUUUGUUUGAUACCA